AUGUCUUUCAAUAAGGAUGGAGCUGCAAGUUAUGCAGUCCCAAGAAUAUUAUCAUUACAUGGAAGGGACGGAAGUCGAGGAGCUUUGCAGGAAAAGAUGCAACAAAUGCUGCAAUGUGUAUUGGUGCGUCGGGUAGGAUCCCAGACAGAACUUGGAGGUUUAAAUCCAUAUAAGGUGUCAGCAGAUCUGAUUGCACACAGGUGCACUGCAAAGUUUCUAGACUCGGGAUUAGAACUUCAGAUAUCGAGAACUGGAGCUAUGCCACUGCGCUAUGACUUCUCUAUCGGAUUGGCUUUUUGA